AUGUUUCCUGGUGAUCAUAAAGAGUAUCUAAGUUCAGAUUCCAUCUGCCAAUCUGAGAAUGUAACUGACCAUAUUCGACACAAUGUUUACCCCCCCGAUGUUCUAAAUGGUCUUAAAGUUUCAGGAAUGCCGAAUCAUAAGUUGGUUUUAAAAGUUGGUGUUCCUAUCAUGCUGCUACGUAACCUUGAUCAGAAAAACAGUCUGUGCAAUGGUACAAGAUUACAAGUCGUAAAACUUGGUGAUCGGAUUAUUGAAGCAAAAGUGAUUUCUGGUAAUAAUAUUGGUACUAGAACUUUUAUACCAAGGAUCAAUCUUUCCCCCUCUGACAAACGAAUACCUUUCAAGCUUCAAAGAAGGCAAUUCCCGAUAGCUGUGUGUUUUGCAAUGACGAUAAAUAAAAGUCAGGGACAGUCGUUAUCUAAGGUUGGUUUGUUUCUAAAGCAGCCUGUUUUCACUCACGGACAACUAUAUGUUGCAGUUUCAAGAGUCAAAAGCAUGGAUGGUUUAAGGAUGUUAAUAUUAGAUGUUGAGGGGAACGUUACUAAUAAGACUACAAAUGUUGUAUACAAAGAGAUAUUCUCAAAUUUACAGUUUUGA